AUGACCGCUUCUUCCAAAUCGACAGAUGAAAGUUCGCAUCCGUCCGAUUUCUACGACCACGGUCUAACGAGUCGCAGAUAUGCCCUUGUCGGAGUGGCAUGCUCAAGUAUUUUCAGCUGCUCAUGCAUUGCUGCAGGCAUUCUCACUUGGGUCAAUUACGGAGUCGUCGGAGUAACCGUGGCCAACCUGGUCAAUCCUGAUCUGGAUGCUCAGUUGCGCUUGCGGGCGGAGAUAUUGUCUCUGACACUUAACUUAAUCGUCACGUUAUGCACCGAGUCCAUAGGAUUCGUACACAACAUCUCAUUGCGCUCUGCGCUGGCCUCAGAGUCUCGGCUUCGUUUCAACACCAAUCUGCGCCUUCUAACUGCAGCUCGUGGAUGGUAUAACCCUAACGGCGCCCUGCUUAACGGUAUCUCGGCCGUCCUCCUCAUUAUAUCCUAUAGCUCAGCCUCACUCGCCGUAUGUGUGGACUACCAAAUACCGGCAGAAACGUCACAAGGAUAUGAGUUGGGUGUUGCCUUUACAGGGUUACCUCUCCUCAUUUUAGGCGUCGCACUCCUUCUCCAGGUGAUGAUUGCAUUAUCAGGGAUAUGGGCUGUCAAAAUAUUCACGUGGAGCUCCUCACCUUUCGACUUGACUGCCGCACUAGUCAACCACGCGCAAUUGACCCCUGCUACUUUCCGGUGCAUGCGUUGUGUGUCUGACCUAGACACGUAUGAAGGUCCAGCGAAGCCACUCAAGAUACAGCCCUCUGCAUGGCAUGCUCACCCUAGCAUCCGGAAAGUUGUCAUUUCUCUUUGGGGGAUCGUUGCAGCAUGCGCUGGAUGGGCCGCACUUGUCAUGUAUAUCGGGGACAAGUACCCCCACAUGCAAUUAAACGGCCCAGGGUUGACUCUCCAAACGUGGUCGUUCUUGCCCAACGGGAUCGAUUCCAUCGGGUAUUAUAUGCCGAGUGUCAAUUUUAUGGUGUGGAUUCUGCUCUUUGUCAACGUGGCAGUUAUCCAGGGACCGUUGACACUUGGGCUGCAUUGCUCGGAGCUCAUCGCAAAUGUCAUUCGAGACGAAAGACAGUGGAGAUGUGCGACUGGGAGGAAAGGACUUAGAACGGCGAUGAACCCGGUGAAGACGAUUUUCACUCAUCCAAUCUGUCUUAUACUUUUCGUCGCGAAGCCUUUCCUGCACUGGAUGUUUGGGCUUUCACUCAACAUAAGUGACUACGCCCUAGACGGAGAACUGUCAUAUUUGUCGGUAGCCAUGUACUCUGCCCAGAUCUGGAACCUAUGCAUUGCGCUUUUUAUACUUGCCUGUUUCUUCACUUUUGUUGCACUGCGCCGACCGCGUGGCCCCCAACCGGCUUCAUACGGCCACGUCCAGACGCUUGCCAACCUCGUAGACGAGUGGUCGCCUGUGAUGUGGUGGGGACACAAAGAGGAUAGAAUCCCAUACUGCCAUGCUGGGACGAGCGAUCAUCCGCUCCCGGAUGUCAAGAUGGACUGUGUGUAUGCUGGUUCCGGUGCUGGGUCUCUAGUGCCCCUCUCAUGA